AUUUACUCAAAUUUUUUACCUUUUUUUAGAUUUAUUUUUCCUUUUAUAAUUUUAAUUAGAGUUUAAUAAAUUAAUUUAAGUUAAUGAAUGAAAAGUUAUUGAACCGGAAGCUCUACAAGAGGAACAAAAAUUAUGAAUUGGUCGACAGCCUACCCUUUGUCGAUACCGUUCCCGUGGACCUUGAUCCUAAAGUUAAGGAGCUUAUCGCAGAUGAAAUGAAGUCAAUUUUAGAUGAGAAUAAUUGCCAGGAAGCAGAACUUCUAGCCAACUACUUAUCGGACUUUUCUUACGAAGUUGGUGAAAAUCCAAAUAUUUCAAAUGGUUGUGAUGGUAUGGACUUUACUAAGUAUGAUGGUUUGGGGGAUAAUAAGGAUUUAAAGGCUAAAAUGAGCCACUUGAAAAUGUUAAUGGAAUACUCUCAGGAUUCCUUAAUAAAUCUUGAACUCAUGGAUCGAUAUAAAGAGUCUUGUUGGCUUAAUUAUCUCGAUUCACUGACACUUCUUAAGCUUAGGUUGGAGAAGGAAAAGAAUAAAAUGGAUGGAAUGUUGGAAGAAGUGAACAAGAGGCGUAAACUAUCACAAAUUGAAACUGCAAACAAACUCAGAUCACUAUAUCAAGAUACUCAAGAUUAUAAUCGCAAGAACACUGAACUGUUAAUUGCAAUUGAACACUUACAAAAGAAUAAAGUUGUCAAUUACGACGACCCGUGAAAUAGAGUUCUAAUCCCUUCA